AUGGAUGAUGAAGAAUUGGAAUUGGCGAGGCAGAAGCUUGAUCUUGUUUCGGUUAGAACCUAUCGGUUAUACUCCAAGGGUUUGGUGAGUGAAGAGCUUAUUAAGAAUGUUACUACGCUGGUGGGUGGUUCAGGCUUGUCCCUCUGUGACUCGAAUGAUAACUCGAAAUUGGAGACUUACAAAGCUCUGAGAACCCGAGGAUUCCUGGUGCACCCUGAAGCUGCGGAAUUGGCUGCCAUAUUUCAAGGGCUGAGUUGGGCGUUGGAACUUGGUGUCAAAAGUAUCCAAUUCUUCUGUGAUGAUUCCAUCAUCUUGGAUUACGUAACAGAUAAAGCUGCACCGAAAGAGUCCAUUGUAGCAAAACUUUUGAAGAAAGUGACUCUUCUUCAGAAAGAAUUCACGUCUUGCCAGGCAUUCCCUGUGCGCAGAGACAUGAAUUCUGUCAUUAAGCUCGCAAAAGAUGCCAUUGCUUCCCAAACCAGAUGGCGUGACGACACCAACACUGAGUAUGAGACUUGUCCAGCCUGCUACGCACACGUUUCACCUCGUCAAAAACUUGAGGUGGAGAGCGGUUGCUUCCACCGCAUCUGCUUUACGUGCAUAAGGGAUUGUUUCUCAUCCCAACGAGCACGAGGGGACACCCUACUCUGCCCUUACCCUGGUUGCGACAAAGAACUUGUGCUAGAGGAUUGUAGAGGUAUUGCUGACGAUAAUGAUCUUAAUCUUAUCAUCCACCGCAAAAAGGAGAAGGCCAUUCCCGUUUUAGACAGAGUCUACUGUCCCGAGCCUUCUUGUAACUUUUUGAUGUCCGACCACGACCUCGUUGAUCCUCGGCAAAAGAAGUCAGUAGCACGCACGUGCGUGAAGUGCGGCUUGUGUUUCUGCAAAAAAUGCCAUGUUCCAUGGCAUGAUAAGAAGACGUGCGAUGAGUUCAAGAAGUCCAAGUCUUACCUGACAUCUGACGCCGCGCUUUUCGAGUCUUUAGUGAAGACAGAGGGAUGGAUGAAGUGUCCCCAGUGUGCCACAGUCGUUCAGAAAAAUGGCGGGUGCCAACGCAUUAGCUGCAGACAUUGCAACCACAAGUUCUGUUACGCAUGUGGGGCUGCGUGUACAAGGAAGAAAAUGUCAUGCAACUGCAGCCCGUCCUGA